CAGUCAGGGAGAAGGGAGGCGGAGCUACUAGAAGACAGUGGGGCCACUGUGAAGGGUAGGAAAAGCCUGGGGAGGCAUCCUGAAGGGAGACAGGUCCUUGGUGGGAAGUCGGAAGCGGAGGUUGGGAGUCCAAAUGAGACGCUCACAGGGAUGAGGAAGGAAGCACGGUUGGGAGGAGGUCAGAGGUCAAGGGUGAUGGGAAGGGGUACCCUGUCAAUGGAGGCGAGGGAGCUGAGGGCUGGUCAAAGCUGAGGAGACGUUCUUUCUCAGGAGGAGCAGAGCUUGAUUUGACUCCGGAGCCUUCAGCCAGGAAGAAAGAUGUCAGAUGAAGAUGAUCUGGAAGACUUCGAUGCAGACCAGGAUGAUCUGGAAAAGGAAGAGGAUGAGAGGGAGACAGAGGAGUGGGAGGACUACAGGAAGGAGGGAGAAGACCUCUCUGAGGAAUGGUUGCCCACCCCCCUCACGGAGGACAUGAUGAAGGAAGGGCUUUCUUUGCUCUGCAAGACGGGCAAUGGACUGGCUCAUGCUUAUGUCAAGCUGGAGGUUAAAGAGAGGGAUCUGACAGACAUCUACUUAUUGCGUUCCUACAUCCAUCUGCGCUAUGUGGAUGUUUCUGAGAACCACCUGACAGAUUUGUCCCCACUCAAUUUCCUUACACACCUGCUCUGGCUCAAGGCUGAUGGCAACCAUCUGCGGAGUGCCCGGCUGAAUGAACUGCCCUACCUGCAGGUUGCCAGUUUUGCCUAUAACCAGAUCACUGACACGGAGGGCAUCUCUCACCCUCGUCUGGGCAGCCUGGAUCUCAAAGGUAACCGCAUCCGCAUGGUGACAGGUCUGGACCCCCAAAAGCUGAUCAGCCUGCACACCUUGGAGCUUCGGGGGAACCAGAUAGAAACCACCCUGGGAAUCAACCUUCCUAAACUGAAGAACCUCUUCUUGGCCCAGAACAUGCUGAAGAAGGUGGAGGGCUUGGAGAACCUAAGCAAUCUCACUACCUUGCAUCUUCGAGACAACCAGAUUGAGACUCUGAGUGGCUUCUCCAAGGAAAUGACAUCGUUGCAGUAUCUCAACCUGAGGGGCAACAUGGUGACCCGCCUGGGAGAGCUGGCCAAGCUUCGGGACCUGCCCAAGCUGCGAGCCUUGGUGUUGUUGGACAACCCGUGUACAGAUGAGAGUGACUAUCGCCAGGAGGCCCUGGUGCAGAUAGCACACCUCGAACGCCUGGAUAAAGAUUUCUACGAGGAAGAGGAGCGGGCUGAGGCUGAUGAGAUCCGUCAGAGGAUGAAGGAGACCCAGGAGCAGGAAGCUGAGCCUGAGCACAGCUUCGAACUGGAGCAGUCUUCCAUGUAGCAGCAGCUCUUUUAGCCUCCAAGAAUAGAGAUCAAAGACACUGGCCCUAAGACCCGAGAAGACUCCCAGUUAGGGGGGCUGCCACGUUCACCCCCCUCAUCCUGAGACAGAGCAUGCCCUCUCUUGCCUCACACCUGGGAAUUCAUCACAGCUUGCUGUCCAGGCUCUGGGUGGGCACCUGGGCAGCGUCCGGGUGGGCCUGAGCCCUGCCUGGAACGUGUGUGUGUGUGUGUGUGUGUGUGUGUGUGUGUGUGUGUGGGUGUGGCAGCCCUCGGGCAGGUAUGGGGAAAUCAGGCCUGGAUGGGCCCAGGGGGAUGCUUCUAGAGUUGGCUGCAGAGGAGCUGCGGAGGCGGCUGGGUGUGUUACAACAGUUCGGUUUUCAAAUAAAGAGACAUUUUGAUA